UUCUUUCUCCCAUAUAGUCUUUUUCUCUUCUGUUCUUCAGCAAAUAAAUGAGUAACCAAAUCUCAGGCGGCGUUUCAGAAGUGUCCGCCGCCAUGGAGGAUUUAGAACAACUUUCGCCGCCCUCUCUUUCUCCACAGCUCCCGGAGAAAAAACUUUCAUGGCAGAAGCUCCGGCGAUACGACUCCUUGGAUUUGGAGUCCCGUAAAGUCUCCAGUCACCGUCACUCCGACUCCAAGAAUGAGAAUUGGUGGACGAUUCUGCAACUAGCAUUCCAGAGCAUCGGCGUGGUGUACGGCGACAUCGGAACCUCGCCGCUGUACGUCUUCUCCAGCACUUUCCCGGACGGAAUCAACCACAACGACGACGUUUUAGGAGCGCUCUCCCUCAUCAUCUACACCAUCACUCUAAUUCCUCUCCUCAAGUACGUCUUCAUCGUCCUCAAAGCCAACGACAACGGGGAAGGCGGAACUUUCGCGCUGUACUCUCUGAUCUGCCGAUACGCGAAGGUAGGGCUGAUUCCGAACGAGGAGAUUGARGAUCGGGAUGUGUCGAAUUACCAGCUGAGUUUACCGGAUGAUCCCGAUCGGAAGAACAGAGCUUCGAAGGUCCAAUCGAAGCUGGAGAAGAGCCAUUUCGCCAAGGUUUUUCUUCUCUUCGCGACUAUGCUCGGAACCUCCAUGGUCAUUGGCGAUGGCGUUCUCACUCCUUGCAUUUCAGUUUUAUCAGCUGUGGGAGGCAUCAAGGUGGCUACCCCUUCAAUGACGGAAGGUAGGAUUGUUUGGGCAUCAGUGGCCAUAUUGGUGUGCCUGUUCAUGGUUCAGAGAUUUGGAACUGAUAAAGUAGGAUACAGUUUUGCCCCAAUAAUCUGCAUUUGGUUUGGAUUCAACACUGGGAUUGGAAUUUACAACUUCAUAAAAUACGAUCCAACAGUUCUAAAAGCCUUAAAUCCAAAGUACAUAGUGGAGUACUUCCAAAGGAACAAAAAGAAGGCUUGGAUUUCUCUCGGCGGCACUGUACUAUCCAUUACAGGCACCGAAGCAUUCUUUGCCGAUGUCGGGCAUUUCACUGUCCGAUCAAUUCAGCUAAGCAUGUCAGUGGUGACCUACCCAGCUCUAAUCUGUGCCUACACAGGCCAGGCCUCAUUUCUCCGUAAGCACAACAAUCUAGUUGCAGAUACAUUCUACAAGUCAAUUCCCGGUAGUCUAUAUUGGCCAAUGUUUGUGGUGGCUGUUUCAGCAUCAAUCAUAGCAAGCCAGGCCAUGAUCUCAGGAACUUUCUCUAUAAUCCAACAAUCUCUUUCACUUGGAUGUUUCCCUAAAGUCAAAGUGGUUCAUACCUCUGAUAAGUAUGAAGGCCAAGUUUAUGUUCCUGAGGUCAAUUACCUUCUCAUGUUGGCUUGCAUUGGGGUUACUUUGGGCUUCAAGGACACCACAAAGAUUGGCAAUGCAUAUGGAAUUGCAGUGGUUUUUGUGAUGACUCUCACAUCGUCCUUCCUAGUACUCGUAAUGGUGAUGAUAUGGAAAACUCACAUCCUUCUCAUAAUCACUUACAUGCUCGUAAUUGGAAGUGUGGAAUUUUUGUAUCUGAGUUCAGUCCUUUACAAGUUCGACCAAGGAGGGUAUCUUCCUCUGGCAUUUGCAGCUAUUUUGAUGACAAUAAUGUAUGUGUGGAACAGUGUGUUUAGAAAAAAGUACUUUUAUGAGCUCAGCCACAAAAUCUCAUCAGACAAGCUCAAUGAGAUGGUGAAUACCACCAGCUUUAGCAGGAUUCCUGGCAUGGCAUUGUUCUAUUCCGAGCUCGUUCAAGGCAUCCCUCCCAUCUUCAAGCACUACAUCGAGCACGUCCCCGCUUUGCACUCCGUGCUCGUCUUCGUCACCAUUAAAUCGCUUCCCGUCAGCAAGGUUCCAGUCGAAGAACGUUUCCUUUUCCGACAAGUAGAGACCAGGGAGAUCGAUGUGUUCCGUUGUGUUGUUCGAUACGGGUACAUGGAUGUGCACACCGAACAAGAGUCGUUCGAGAAGAUUUUACUCGAAAGAUUGAGGGAGUUCAAAAGAGAGCAAAGACAGUUGUCUAACGGGAAAAACGGGGUCGGAGAGAGAGCAGAAGAAGACGACAACGAGGAGAAUGGUUUUGGAGGAGUUGAAGAAGCAUGGAAGGAUGGUGUAGUUCAUUUGAUGGGGGAAACAGAGGUGGUUGCCCAAAAAGGGGCUGGCUUUGGAAAGAGGAUUAUGAUAAACUAUGCAUAUAACUUCUUGAAGAAGAACCUCAGGCAAACUGACCAAGUUUUUGAAAUUCCUCACAAGCAUAUGCUCAAAGUGGGCAUGACUUAUGAACUUUAGAAACUACAAGGGCAUUUUUGUCUUUGUUUUUGUUGUUGUUUCCAAUCACAAGUUGUAAUUGUUUUUUAAACCCAAA